AGACACCUUAAAUUAAAUGCGAAUAGAUUCUGAGGGCUUUUCAACCUUCACUGUCUUUUUACGGACAUAAAUUGAUAAUAAUCUACCGAAUAAGUUAUAAAAUGGACACGUCCAAUUUGGGAGGGCUCCUGGACCAACUCGACGACAAUGCCGACGAUUUGGAGCAGUCACUAGCAACUUUAUUCAAGACGGCCCUUUCUGAUACAGCGGCAAAACUUCCCUUACUUGACAAGGCCAAGUUAUACGUCCUCGUCACGUACUCUCUUGAAUCUAUCAUUUUCUCAUAUCUACGGCUAAAUGGCGUGAACGCCAGAGAACAUGCUGUCUUCAACGAAUUAGCACGAGUUAGGAAUUAUUUCGAGAAGAUCAAACACGUCGAAACAAGUGGGAGCAAGCGAGAGAAUUUAAGUCUUGAUAAGCAGGCGGCUGCCCGAUUUGUCAAGCAUGCACUAUCCGGAAACGAAAAGUAUGAUCUUGACCGGGCCGAGAGACUCGCAAAAGAAAAGGCAAAAGCCCACAUCAAAUUUGAGCAGUUAUCGAACAAGCGUAAAGCCGACGAUGCUGGGGGUUUGGUGCAGGAACCGGAUGAUGUUUCAACAAGCGGCGGAGAGCCUAGCCUUCAUAAUCCAGGAGGGAACGUCCCAGCGAACACGAAAAGGAGGAGUAGAAACAACAGAAAGAAUGAUUUGGGUCCUGGAGAAGGGAAUUCCAGUGGGAUUGAGCAAGGAAAUACAGGCGCUGAGUCCAAGAGAGUGAAAUCUGAGGGAACGGCUCGAACGAAGUCAAAUCGGCCUCCAAAAAGCCACAAUGCAGCUUUCGAGGCGCUCCUCAAAGGGCCAUUGCCGAAAAUCGAGAAUGCCCAUUCCCGGCCCUCGAAGAAGGAGAAGAAACGAGCACGAGAGUGAAGCACAUACCAUAAAUGUUCUAUCUUUGCUCGAUCUCACGCCUAGUCACAGGUUUGGCCUUGGGAAAGUAGCUUGGUUAAUCGGCGUUUCGUGGGAGGCUUUGAAUCAAUUUAUGAUAACUGAGACGUUCAUAAUUGCAUGAGAGCCUCCGGGCUGAGGAUGCAGGCGCUCAUCGGGAUAUAUUUUUUUACAUUGCCUGAAUGUGGAUAUUCAUACGGGUUUUGGAUUUCUUGGGACGGUUUUCAUAUUCCGUAAAUCACAAUUGCAGGCUGGCUGAUCCAUGUAGGCUUUGCAAAAAUUGAUUAGAAAGAGUAAUGAGCUGGUGAUGAGGU